CUUACUUAAGUUCCAGUCAAAGUAAACACUGUUGCAGUUCAACAUGUUGGCACGAAGUUCGCUUAUUAUUUUCCUUGCCACAUUUGUUCUUCGUGUGUUAUCCGAGAACACAACUUCGAAAAUUAAAAUCCGUUAUUAUGUAACCGAAAACAACCAAGGUGCCAUUGUUGAAAUAAAUUCCGUAAAUAAACUCGAGACUGAAUCUAACGCUUCUCAGAUUGUCGUAAUCCACGUACUUGAAGGUUCGCUUCCUAUUAUUUACGCAAAUGACUUCAAAGGUUUCCCACUUUUGAGGAAUCUAGAGUUGCCGGGAUGUGAAAUCGAAGAAAUUCAGCCUGGCGCAUUUGGUGACAAUGCUCUAGUGAGUAUAGGACUUCCAAGAAACAAGAUAACAACGAUCGAAGACGGAGUUUUCUCAAACUUGACAGUCCAAUACCUUGAUUUGGGCCGUAAUCUUAUCGAAACAAUCUCUCCACAUGCUUUUGACAACAUGCCACAAUUAAAGUCUUUGGAUUUGAACAACAACAAAAUCCAAAUUGUGCACCGAGAGUGGUUCAAAUGGAAUCCACAGCUUAGUAUCAAUUUAGCGUAUAAUCAGAUCGAACAUUUACCCAAUGAGGUUUUCUACAUUCAGAAUGUGUCACGAAUUGAUAACGAUCUGAUUUUCGAACACUUGGUCCUGGCUGGUAACAAAAUAGAAGAAUGGAAGGCAGAUUUUCUGAAGGGUGCGAGGGUUAGAAGUCUUGAUAUGUCAACGAAUAAAUUGCAGUGUUUGGAAGGAAACUACGCGAAUUUAUUUACUGCUCUCUUAACUGAUAUUGAUGAUAACCCAUGGGACUGUGAAUGUUUGUUGAAAAUUGCUAAAUGGGCCGUUGAGAAUCAGAGAGAUUCUAGAAUACGCAUGACGAACUCUGUCGAAAUAUGCAAUUCCACUGGUCAGUUUCCUACUAUGAGAACGUUGCCUUAAUUUUACACAACAUAAAAUCAUACCUGUAAUUCAUAAUAAAGAUUCUGGAGCAAAAA